GGGCGACACUGGUCUCAGGGCCAUCCCGGGGGCCUCAAGAGCCGGAGGAAGCCCCGGAGGCUUCCUCGGGCAGACCCGCCAGAAUUGGAGACCGGGGAAUGGCCGCGGUGUGGCAGCAGGUCUUAGCAGUGGACGCGAGACUUCUUUUACCACCAUCACUUUCCCAGUCCCACCCCAUCACUAUCCCGUGCUAAUCCUGUCUUCAUGUUGGACCGAUCCCUGCCGUUGUCUACAGCAAUUUAGUCAUCCCAUACCGACUCCAAAGCUGCGCAUUGCCUAUAUGUCCCCAUACUGACGUCAUAGCCAUGCCCAUUAUUACUGUAGACUCACCCCAUUACACCAGAGGGAGCCCCAUCACCACUGCUGAUCACGUGCCCUCCUGACCCCAGUCACUGCCACAUACCUCAUUUCCCUUCCCUGCCCCCUGAGCUGAUUGAUUCCCUCUGUCCUGUGCCUGCUGCGUGCCCUGGCUCCUGCACUCGUAGAUACAACGCGUACCGCACACCAACGUUUCCACAGUUUCGGACCCAGUAUAUCCGGCGGCGCAGCCAGCUGCUGCGGGAGAAUGCCAAGGCAGGGCAUCCCCCAGCACUGCGUCGACAGUACCUGAGGUUGCGAGGCCAGCUGUUGGGCCAGCGCUACGGGCCCCUCUCGGAACCAGGCAGUGCACGUGCUUACAGCAACAGUAUCGUCCGCAGUAGCAGGACCACCCUUGACCGCAUGGAGGACUUUGAGGAUGAUCCUCGGACCCUGGGGGCCCGUGGGCACCGUCGUUCUGUCAGCCGAGGCUCCUACCAGCUGCAGGCACAGAUGAACCGGGCAGUCUACGAGGACAGGCCCCCUGGCAGCGUGGUGCCCACGUCUGCAGCCGAAGCAAGUCGGGCCAUGGCCGGGGACACGUCGCUGAGCGAGAACUAUGCCUUUGCGGGCAUGUACCAUGUGUUUGACCAGCAUGUGGAUGAGGCAGUCCCACGGGUGCGCUUUGCCAAUGAUGACCGGCACCGCCUGGCCUGCUGCUCCCUGGACGGCAGCAUCUCCCUGUGCCAACUGGUGCCCGCUCCCCCCACUGUGCUGCGUGUCCUGCGGGGCCACACCCGUGGUGUCUCCGACUUCGCCUGGUCCCUCUCCAAUGACAUCCUGGUGUCCACCUCCCUGGAUGCCACCAUGCGCAUCUGGGCCUCGGAGGACGGCCGCUGCAUCCGGGAGAUCCCUGACCCUGACGGCGCCGAGCUGCUGUGCUGUACCUUCCAGCCCGUCAACAACAACCUCACUGUGGUGGGGAAUGCCAAGCAGAACGUGCACGUGAUGAACAUCUCCACAGGCAAGAAGGUGAAGGGCGGCUCCAGCAAGCUGACGGGCCGUGUCCUUGCUCUGUCCUUCGAUGCGCCAGGCCGGCUGCUCUGGGCGGGGGAUGACCGUGGCAGCAUCUUCUCCUUUCUCUUCGACAUGGCCACAGGGAAGUUGACAAAAGCCAAGCGUCUGAUGGUGCAUGAGGGGAGCCCCAUUACCAGCAUCUCUGCCCGUUCCUGGGUCAGUCGGGAGGCCCGGGACCCCUCGCUGCUGAUCAACGCUUGUCUUAACAAGCUGCUGCUAUACAGGGUGGUGGACAACGAGGGAACCCUGCAGCUGAAGCGAAGUUUCCCUAUUGAGCAGAGCUCACACCCCGUGCGCAGUAUUUUCUGCCCUCUGAUGUCCUUCCGCCAGGGGGCCUGUGUGGUGACGGGCAGCGAGGACAUGUGUGUGCACUUCUUCGAUGUGGAGCGAGCAGCCAAGGCUGCUGUGAACAAACUACAGGGCCACAGCGCGCCGGUGCUGGACGUCAGCUUCAACUGCGACGAAAGCCUGCUGGCCUCCAGCGACGCCAGCGGCAUGGUCAUCGUCUGGAGGCGGGAGCAGAAGUAGGAGUCCUGCCCCGUCCCAUCCCAUCUAAUCUGCCUCCUCCCAUCAGCUCCUGCAGCCAGCCUUGGGUUUGUAAAUAAAAUUUCACUGCUGUGCUUAUGGGCUGGUUCCCAGGUGGGAUGGGUGGGGUGAGAAGAGUGAAGGCCUAGGCCCCAAGAGUGAAUGGGGGUUCACUUGCCCAUUCACGUAUCAAUGGUUGUCCUUUGACAACCGAUGUCUUGACAUAAGCCAUGGCCUGGCACCACGUGGAAAGGUUACUCAGUCACACCAUGGACAGAUGGUACUGAUGCAUAUGCCAGGGCCUGUUCUCUCGGCUAGGGGUGGGGGUGGGUUGUUCUUUCCACUGGCAAUGGGAGGGAAGGGAAAUCACAGACAGGAAGUUGUAGGAGCUGGAGUGGAAUUGGGGGAAAGAGGGCUGGGCUGGGGGAGUCACUCUGGUUUUAAGUGGAGGAGGGACAGUAAGGGACUUGGGGCAGAGUUGACUAAGUGACUUCGGGAGUAGGACAGUCCCAAGUGUCCCAAGUGGGCUGCUCAUGACCCUGAUUAUGAUGUGAUUUUCUGACUACUAGAGGACUGGUCUCAAUGAAUGUCACCCCUUGUGAAGUCUCCGUUUCACUCUCUGUACAGCUUGUCCUGAUAAAACACCUAUGAAACUGUUGAACCAAUUCAAUGAUUUGAUGUCAUUAAAGUGUGCUUCUCGUGA